AUGUACAAAUCAGCUGCUCUGAAACCAACUAACUUUCUUAUUGGAAUCUUGUUGGUUUGUUUGUUUGGUGUAGUUGCUAUUACUGCUGCGAAAUCAUCAAAAAGAUCAGACAGUAAUGUUCAGAUCAUUACAUUGACCUCUGCCAGGUCAUUUAAAAGUUCAUCAAGAAGAAGAAGAAAACAAACUAUCAAGAAAAAAACAAAGAACGAUAAGGAAAUUAUCAUCAAGGUUAUUGGGAAAAAGAAGAAGAAAACUUCACGUAAAUGUUACUUCCCAGGUAGAGAACUAGUUGUGAAUGUUCCAGUGCCAAUUCCUCAAACUCCACAAACUAUUGUUCUUCAACAGGCAAGUAGAGCUGCUUCCUCAGCAUCUUCCUCUGCUACAACUAACAAUCCUGGUGGAAGUGUGAAUAUUAAUUUGGAAUUGGAGAUACCAAGAGGAAGAAGAAGAAGACGUGAGGUCAUUAUUGUGCCAAAACCAAAACCAUCACCUAUUCCACCUUUGCCACAACCCUCUCCUAUUCCACCCUCACCUGAUCCAUCUCCUAUUCCACCGAAACCAGAGCCAUCUCCAAUUAUUCCUAUUCCACCUCCUCCAAAACCAACUCCUAUUCCAGAACCAUCACCAAUUAUUCCACCAAAUAUUUGCUCACCAGGAUAUAUUCCAUCUCAAUUCCCGUUAUUGAAACAAUGUGAUUCUACUUGGGGAUCUUUCAAAUUGGGAACCUCUAGUGAAACUAUUUGUAAGGCAGGUUGUUUGAUCACAUCCAUUAUUUCAGGAUUGAAUGGAAUUGGAAAAACCAAAAUGAAUCCCUAUGAAUUCAAUGAAUGGUUGAAGACCAAUGGUGGUUUCCAAAACAAGAACUUGUACGUUUGGGCAGCAAUUACUUCCAAGUUUGGAGUUAAAUAUUAUGGAAGAACAACUGAUAUUCUUGUGGUGGCCACAAGAAAUUUAUGUGAAGGAAAGUUGGUCAUUCUGAAACUGAUAAAACCACCUGGAAAGAAAUCAGAGCAUUUCGUUUUGGCCACAGGUUACGAUCCGGUAAGCAAGACCUUCUCAGUGAUGGAUCCAUACUUUGAUCGUACUAGCUAUACUGUUUCUGAGAUUUCCAGAGCUGAUUCUUACACUUUUAAAUGA